CAAAGCACACGCAACACCAGGUGAAGCGAUGGCUAGAGUGGGCUGUGAUCUACUAGUGCUGUUACUAGUGCUGUUGCAUGUACCGCUAUCGGCUCGUUGCAGCGUCAUACGCUCCGAAGCAGGCCAACUACACGGAAGCGACGGAAAAAUCAUUCCAUUCGACGGCGCAUCACAAGGCGAUAAAGCAUCCUUCCUGGCGCUUGGUAACUGCCAUCGCGGGGCGAAGCUUUUGCACCAGGAAAACUUGACGGUGGAGAAGGAUGACACGACCAUGAUUGCAGGUGUAAUAGAAAUUCACGCCGAUGGACGCUAUGCGGUGACGUGUGGCCAGGUUCUUCCGAAAACCGUGCCCAGCAGAACGGCACUGCUUGGAUACCGAUUGUUGGGCACGCACGGCAUUGCCAUCCACUUCCAAGAAGCGCACGGUCAGCUGUCGCCGACCAAUCUCGACUAUCAGAUUCUCGUGUAUGGAACCAUGCGGACUACCAAGAACAACACCGGAAGUAGGCUCGGGGGGGAAUUGGAAGGGAAUAUGGCCGCUUAGGUCGGUUAGUGAAGCCGAGUUACUGAUGAAGGCACUGCCGUAAUUGAUCAGCCUUGGACUCUCCUCCUUGGACUAUGUUCACAUCAUAUCUGCGUUCCGCAGUCUCCCAUUUGUGUACAUUCAAUUGUAUCUAUUUUUCCUAAGAAAUCUUCGGCACC